AGAAGACUUUCUCAGAGGGAGAGGGGACAUUUUCUCUGGGAAGUUGCAAACAGAACAGGUCCUGGAGGAUAAGAUUUACCACCAUGCUGCCCUCCAUGGUGUUUGUGGGACUUACUGCCCUCAUCGGCAUGAGCUGGGGCUCCUACCCUUUCCCUCACGCACUGCGGCCUCAUCUGCACCCCCGCCUGUACCAUGGCUGCUAUGGGGACAUCAUGACCAUGGAGACCUCCGGGGUGCGCUGUGACAUCUCCAAUCUGCUCAGCUGCGGGAUCCGAGGUUCUGAAAUGUUUGCCGACAUGGAUCUGAACGCCAUAAGGAUCUACCAGACUCUGAUCAAAGAAGUGGGGCAGAGGUACUGCGUGGACCCUGCGCUCAUCGCUGCUGUCAUCUCCAGAGAGAGCCACGGGGGUGCUGUGCUGCAGCGUGGCUGGGACCACAGGGGGCUGAGGUUUGGCCUGAUGCAGCUUGAUAAAAGUGUUCAUCCGACUGGUGCCUGGGACAGCAAAGAACACCUUUCGCAGGGUGUGGGGAUUCUAGCAGAAAACAUUAAGGUGAUCCAGAGAAAAUUUCCCAUGUGGAACAUGGAUCAGCACCUCAAAGGUGGUCUCUCUGCCUUUAAGUCAGGAACAGAAGCCAUCGCUGCCCCGGAAGAUAUUGACUCUGACUAUGUGAAUGAUGUUAUUGCCCGGGCUCGCUUCUAUAAAAUCCAUGGCUUCUAGGCAAAGCCACAUCGGAGG